AUGACUGGUGGCAGUGUUCGGGGCACAGAGGGCAAAGCCUGCGUUGUGGAUGCCUACUGCCCCUUCCUGGGUGCCAAUCUGGCAGUAGGGGGGCAUGUGGUGGGACAGAGCAUAGUGUGCCCGUUCCACAGCUGGCAGUGCCGGAGGGAAGACGGGAAGUGUGUGAGGAUCCCUAUGCAGAGAAAGGUGCCCUGCUGUCCCAGUAUGGAGACCAGCGGUCAGGUUCUGGUGUGGUUCCACUGUGACGGAGAGGAACCGCGCUGGAUGGUACCAAAGCUCACACAGGGGGAAUGGGUCUACCAGGGAUGCACGGAGCACUUCAUCAACGCAAACAUAGAGGAGAUCCCUGAGAAUGCAGUAGAUUUUGCCCACCUGGCCCACCUGCACACACCAGGCAUUGUGACUGGGGUUGACCUGCACUACACCAACAGCAAGACCUUGGAGUUUGUAAGGUAUGACUGGAAGCUAAGAGAAUCUGAGUCUGAGCCCACUAAGCACUGCUCCCAGAUGCUGGUGGCACAUGCCCUUGCUGUGUUUGGACGCCACUGGCCUCUACUGGAUGUGGAUGUAGUGGCUCGACAGCUGAAGCACCUAUUUGAGUGGGACGUGAUGAUCUGGAACAAUAAGAAGGACAUCUCUAAACCCCUACAGGUGGAGAACUCUACCAUCCAGAAACACAGGUGCUGGUUCAGUCAGUUCUACAGAGACAACAGUCCUCGCCUGUGUAACAGAACCAUGGACCUGUGA